CACAGGGUGAUCUUCCGAGUAAUCUCCUGAACGGGGAGAGGACCUGUACUGUAACAAUUACAGAUCUCUCCCCUGUCAGGCGUGCUGCACAACUGCUUUGUAUACGCUCUACAUAGCAUAGCCAUACAAAGCAGUGUGCUUACAGUGAAGUGCAGCACACAUCCCCCAGUACAACAGCACACAGUUAACCCUUUGAUCGCACCACAUGUUAACCCCUUCCUGCCCAGUGCCAUUAGUACAGUGUCAGAGCUUUUUGUUAGCACUGAUCACUGUAUUGGUGUCACUGGGGAUGUCAGUGACACCAAGUCAGUUCCCUCCAGUGUCAGAAUGCCUGCCACAGUCCCACUAU